AUGGAUAUACUAAUUUCUGAUGAAAAAAUUUUGGAUGAACCAAUUUCUGAAAGUGAAUCAAUUUCUAAGGAUGAACGUCGAGUUCAACAUAUCCGAUUUAAAAUAAUGCUUUUAAACGAGCAUUAUAAAUCAUACAAGAACAAUUUAAGAACGCUAAAAGUUUCAAAAAACCUUCGAAUUAUAGGAUCGUUACCGGCCAAAUUUGAAUGUGAUCAUAAAUUGGUUUAUCAACCAGUUUUGG